AUGGUGGAUUCGAAGGUGGAGACCAUCUCCAGACUAGCCCAGUGGAGGAUCGAGAACUUCGGUCCUUGCUCUUACAAAAAGUCCGAUCCUUUCAAGGUCGGCAUAUGGAAUUGGCACUUAUCCGUGGAGAAGAACCGGUACCUGUACGUUCGUUUGUUUCCGGAGCCGUCGAGGGCAUCCAAAGAGCAGCCUCCGAUCGCGCGGUUCGUUCUCAGGGUGUCGUCCAAUACCGGCAACAACAAUCGGAGGCCUUAUAUUUCUCCAAUUCAUGAGAGAUUGCUUCGGACAUGUGAUGAUUUCGUGUGGCCUGUUGACAGCUCCUUUCAAGGUCGCUUCAUCAUUGAUGUAGAGUUCCUUGAUCUCAAGAUCUGCCCUCUUAAUGGUGGUGAAAGCUGUUCAGUAUGGCCUACCGACGGAGCAAUGCAAUCUACCUCAACUCAGAGCACACUCAGAUGUCUCUCUCGGAUGCUGGAUGAAGGAAUCCAUGCCGACGUCACCAUCAACACCGCCGAAGGUGGCACCUUGAAAGCUCACAAGGCAAUCCUCUCUGCGAGUUCGCCCGUUUUUCAGAGCAUGUUCCAUCAUGAUCUCAAGGAAAAGGAGUCUUCCACCAUCUAUAUCGGUGACAUGUCGCUGGAAUCAUGCGUGGCUCUCCUGAGCUACCUGUACGGGACAAUCAAGCCGGAGGAUUUCUGGAGGCAUCGGCUCUCGUUGUUGGGCGCUGCAAACAAGUACGACAUCGCUGCUCUCAAAGACGCCUGUGAGGAAAGCCUGUUGGUGGACAUCACUUCAGGGAAUGUACUGGAGAGACUGCAAGAGGCGUGGCUGUACCAGCUGGAUAAACUGAAGAAAGGCUGCUUGACGUACUUGUUUGAUUUCGGCAAGAUAUACGACGUGAGAGAAGAGAUCAACAAUUUCUUCAGGCAGGCUGAUAGGGAGCUGAUGCUGGAGAUGUUCCAGGAGGUGCUGACAGUAUGGAAACCGGUGUAG